GCUCUCACCAAUCUGCACUCUUUUAAAUUUCAAACAAGAGUUAAAAUAGAGAGCUUUUGGAUACAAGAAUAGUAAAGCUAUCCUAUCAAGGACUAACAUGUCAACACAUCCAAAGUUGGAGGAGUCCACUUUGCUUUUCCCAUAUUCUUCAAGAAUUGGAAAUGUCCGUGUCGGGAUCUACUGUUCAUCUUCAAAACCAAACCUUCCAAGUUUCUGCCAUGCGCCAUGCACUCAAGAUAGUGAUGAGGAGCAAACACAGCUACCUGAAACAACCGUGUGGAUUCGCUGUGAUGUUUAUGACACUGUGUUGAUUGGGAUUCCUGUAACAGAAAAUGCUUUACCUACGCUAUUUAAAACAUACAUGCAAGUUAGUGCGGAUCAUGCCCGAAAAUAUGGGGGGACAGGACUGGGCCUCGUAAUACGCAAACAUCUGUUGUGUAAGGAUAGGUCCACGGUUAAGGAACUCCGACUCGAGUGCAUUGUGGUUCUAGAUUCACUGCCUGGUGAUAAUUCUGAUGACCCGGAUGAGCUGUCAGAUGUGGCUGAUCAUGAUGCCGCAAUUGAUGAUGCAACUGCUGGCUUUUUUCAAUUCCCAUCCACGCACCUUGGACAAAAGGAGGUGACUUGUCUUGAGGAUGACUGUUCUGUUGUUGAAGCUGCAGAGACAUUUUCAGAGCCUGGAAGUUUGUCCAGUCACAGCCCCGAUCCUGAUGAUGAAAAUGGGAACCCUGACAGUACAGUUAUUCGGUCCACAUCAAAUGGCAGUCUAGUUGUACCAGAUUCAAUUUCAAAGCCCAAGAUCCUUCUUGUAGAAGAUAACAAGGUUAAUGUAAUGGUAACACAAUCAAUGAUGAAGCAGUUGGGCGAUACAAUAGAUGUUGUGAACAACGGAGUUGAAGCUGUCCGGACAGUUCAGAGCAGUAAUUAUGAUCUAAUUCUGAUGGAUGUCUGCAUGCCAGUAAUGGAUGGCCUUCAAUCGACAAGACUGAUUCGUUCCUUUGAAGAAGCUGGCAACUGGGAUGCUGCAGCAAAAGCUGGAAUUGAGCAGCUUUUGUCUUCUUCAAAUUUAUUACAAAAUGGUGAGGGUUCUGUGCUUCCAACAGAGCGGAUUCCCAUAAUUGCAGUAAGCUCUUCCACUUGUAAUCUCUCAAAUUGAAUUCUUUGCCUUGCUAGUUGUGGAUGUUUACUCACAUAUGUAGCAUAUUCCUUAACAUAAGAAAGCGGUUGGUCUGUCUGCGUAAGUGCCAUAUUGUGUUUGCACCUCUCUGUGAGGAAGUUACCGUCUGGAUACAUAUCUUUAAUUUUCUAACAUUAAUUAUAUAUUGCAGGAGUAUAGUCUAAAUGCUACUUAUCAUACUUGAAAAUAAGUUAUUUUUUUUUGG